GGGGUGUGGAUAUAGUUACGGUUGCUAUGGAUACCUGGCGUUGAUUUUGAGCAAGCGGGAUUACUCUAGUGGCUCUUGGUCAGAGUCAUGUCAGGAGAAAAGGUAAAUGGAGAUGAACUCUGGCAGGACAAGGAUAUACGUUUCGAUGUUGAUCACAGAAUGUUGCGUCUUGUCCCGGGUGAAAUACAAAUAGAUCGCAUGGACAUGAUAGAGGACACUAAAGGGAACAAUGGAGAUAGAGGAGUAAUGCGGGUGACCAAUCUACGCCUAAUUUGGUACGCAAGCUCCAUGCCAAGAAUAAAUCUGUCCAUUGGGUACGGUAACAUCACAGGGCUUCAGAGCAGAGAAGUGGUCUCGAAAGUACGUGGAACCGAAGUUGAAGCCCUAUAUGUGAUGGCGCGCGCUCCUAGUACAUCAACAAAAUUUGAGUUCAUUUUCACGGCUAUGACGAGUGGCAUGCACUCGAAGUUGUUCAAUACGGUCAACUCUGUACAUCGCGCUUACGAGACCACAAAAUUGUACCGCGAACUCAAAAUGCGUGGAGCCAUAGUGGAUGAUAGUUUCAAUCUCAAGUUGUUGCCAUUGGAGCAGCUGGUGGAAAAAGUCGAGGGAGUAUGGAACCUUAGUACUGAUCAAGGUACGCUGGGUUGCUUUGUUAUCACAAACGUGCGACUCGUAUGGUUUGCGAGCACGAACUCCCUCUACAAUGUGUCAGUGCCUUACUUGCAGCUUUUCUCGUGCAGAAUCAGAGAAUCGAAGUUUGGUCUUGCUUUGGUGAUCGAAACGACUACCCAGAGUGGGGAAUAUGUCCUUGGAUUCCGUAUCGACCCAGCAGAACGUCUUCAGCAGGUCUGUAAAGCAAUCCAAGCAUUACACAAAGCUUCAAAUCUGCGCCCAAUAUUUGGGGUUACAUUUCAUAGGGACAGACCCAUUUCACCCCGAGAAACGGCCAAGGAAGAAGCAAGUGAACUAGAGGAAGAAGAAGAAGAAGUUGAGCAGAAGCAGUUGCGAACGGAUGCUUUUGCGGCUUAUUUCUCCGAUGGGGCCACACACUCGGAGGAACGACGACCUCCAGUAUUUAGCGAAGAGCUGGGCUUAGCCGUAGAACAGCUGAAGCCAGGAUUCACUAUAUCGGAUCUUUGGAAUAUAUAUGUUGAUUGAUAAACAAAAAUGCUAUUCGAAUGAACUCUAUCAUCUAG